AUGGCUCAUAUUAAUAGAUCACAAUCCCCAGCGUUGGAUAGGCCUUACUCACCAUUUUCUAAACCACCAGUCACAGCUGAACAGCUGGAUGAGAAAUCAGAUCCAGAGGGAAGUCUUGAUUUGAGAGAGGUCAAUACAGAACAAGUUCAGAACGAGUUGGAGAAAUUCACAUUCACAGAAUCAAAUCAUGAUCAAGAUGAUGAUGGGUCCAAUAUACCCUAUGGUGAGAAGAUCCUUGAGACAAACGUUGGUACUUCAAGCUCAGACUCUUCAACUCCACAUACACCAAUCCCACAAAAACGUUACUCUAUAGGCUCAAAAUCAGUUAUCCCAUCGUUAUUGAAUGCUCAAUUGCACAAUCUAAAGAUAUUUGAACCUCAUGAAGGUGGAAAGACUCAUAACGCGGUAAAAGAUCCAUCAAGCUCAACAGGUGAUGAAUUGAAUGAAUCCAGAUCUUCAACGGGUGAAAUUAAGGAAUGUCUUGAACAUGAUUUGUCAAGAUUAUCAUCAGCUUUAAUGACUAAAAGACAACUAGGAAAAGUUGUUGGAGGUAUUAGAGAAAUCGAAAGAACUUUGAAUCAUGUUCAUAUUAGAGCAAAGAUGGUUAAUAUUAUGAUUUUGACUAAAAUUUAUGAUGAUGAACCAAAUCAUUGGGCAAGAAUAGUUUCAUUGUUUUUAUUAAAUUAUAAUUCAGAGAUUAAUAUUUAUAUACAAGAAGAAUUGAAAACAAAUGAUUAUUAUCAAUAUCAGGAUAUAAUAUCUCAAAACCCAAGUUUUGCUAAAAGAAUACAUUUCUGGUUUGGUGAUAAAUGUGCUUAUAGACCUGAAAUUUUUGAUCUGAUUUUGACAUUUGGUGGUGAUGGUACAGUUCUUUAUGCAAGUUGGAUAUUUCAAACUAUAAUACCCCCAAUCUUAGCAUUCAGUUUAGGUAGUUUAGGGUUUUUAACAGAUUUUAAUGUUGAGGAUCAUGAAGAUAUUUUAUCUGAUAUAAUUGAAAAUGGUUAUCAAUGUUCAAUAAGAAUGAGAUUUGAAUGUACUAUAAUGAAGUCAAUUACAGGUUCAGAUCCUAAACAAUCAUUAACUGAACAAAUUGCAAAAUUAAACUCAAAUUGUCAAACUCAUCAAAUUUCUGAAACAUAUUGUAUCUUCAAUGAAGUUGUUGUUGAUAGAGGUCCAAAUGCUGUGAUGUCAUCACUUGAAGUAUUUGGUGAUAAAGAAGCAAUAACAACAGCGGAAGCUGAUGGAUUAAUUAUUUCAACACCCAGUGGGUCUACCGCUUACUCUCUAAGUGCAGGUGGUUCACUUGUUCAUCCAGAGAUUCCAGGUAUCUUAAUUUCACCAAUUUGUCCACAUACAUUAUCAUUUAGACCUUUGGUUAUUCCAGAAUCUAUAAUUUUGAGACUUGGUGUACCAUAUGAUGCUAGAUCUACAGCUUGGUGUUCAUUUGAUGGUAAAAAUAGAGUAGAAUUAGGUAAAGGUGAUUUCGUUACGGUUACUGCUAGUCGUUAUCCAAUUCCUUGUAUAAGGAAAUCAGCUUCUAAAAAUGCAUGGUUUGAAAGGAUUAGUGAAACGCUACAUUGGAAUGAGCGGAAAAAACAAAAAGCAUUAGAUUUAAAAGAUCCUCAUGGUAUACAUGACUUCCAUUGA